GAUUCCCACCUUUGAGGAGUUUGCUCUUCUGAUAGGCACUGCCCCAGGACUGUAGGAUGACCGGGAAGAGCCUGACCAGCAACGUAACCAACAAGAAUGACCCGCGCUCCCUCAACUCAAGAGUCUUCAUCGGGAACCUCAACACGGCUGUGGUCACCAAGGCUGACAUCGAGGCCAUCUUUGCCAAAUACGGGAAGAUAGUGGGCUGCUCCGUGCACAAAGGCUACGCCUUCGUUCAGUACGUCAGCGAAAGGAACGCUCGGGCCGCCGUGGCCGGGGAGAACUCCAGAGUCAUCGCUGGACAGUCUCUGGAUAUCAACAUGGCCGGAGAACCCAAACCGUACAGGCCCAAGAUUGUCUCCAAGAGACCCCUGUCGUCCCUCUACAGCGGCUACGAGUUCGAGUACGACUACUACAGAGACGAUUUCUACAGCAGACUCUUCGAGUACCACGGUCGAGUCGUGCCCCCGGCCCGAGCCGUGAUUCCCAUUAAACGGUCUCGGCUCAUCGUCCCAUCCGCUCGCAGAGCCAAGUCCUCUUUUCCAGUCAGGACCUGCUCCUCCUCGUCCUCCUCCUCCUCUUCAUCCUCCAGAGCAAUCAACAUGGGCUCUUCCGUCACCGGACCCAAAUUGAAGAACGACCAGCUCCUAACCAUCAAGAAGGAGCUCUCGCAGAUCAAGACGAAGAUCGACUCGCUGCUGGGAAGGUUGGAGAAGAUUGAGAGGCAACAUCGCUCUGACGCCGAGAUGCAAAGAAAACAGGAGGCGGCGUGUGAGCGUCUCCAUGGCGACGCAGAGGACCACUCUGGAGGAGAGGAGGCGGAGGAGACAGCCGAGGUGGAGGCAGGCGAGAUGACGGACGGCGGCGAAGACGACUUGGAAGAUGAGGGCGCCGGCGACCUGAUGGAGAACCACAUAUCAGACAUCGACAACUGAGUACGUUUGGGGAAAGUCACGAAGAAGAACAAAGGAUGUUUCAACAACAACGACCAGUGAAACCUUUCUUGUUGAAGGAGGUGUUUAAAUGAAACAAUGAGGGAAGUGACUGACGGC